AUGAAGUUUAUCGCCACUUCUUGGCUACUGUCCACCUUGUUGGUGGGCGUAGCGCAGGCCGUUCCCCAUGUACAGCGAGACACAGUAUCCAAGGUCGUCAAGAGGGGGAUUGAGUACACUGUCUACCAUCAUGCAGCCACUGGAGCGAAUCUGGAGAUAGUGAAGAACUCCGGAAUCUGUGAGACCACACCCGGGGUCAACCAGUAUUCUGGCUACCUCUCGGUAGGAGAGGACAUGAACAUGUUCUUUUGGUUCUUCGAAGCCCGCCACAACCCCCAGACGGCGCCUUUGACGGCUUGGUUCAAUGGUGGGCCUGGUUGCUCGUCUAUGAUCGGGUUGUUCCAGGAGCAUGGACCGUGCCGAUUUGUCGAUAACGAGACGACGCCGUCCUUGAACCCUUACAGCUGGAACACCUACUCCAACAUGAUCUACAUUGAUCAACCCAUCGGGGUGGGAUUUUCAUACGGCAACGAUGCUGUGAACAGCACAGUCACGGCUGCACCAUUUGUAUGGAAGCUGCUGCAGGCAUUUUUCGCCCAUUUUCCUGAAUAUGAGAGCCGCGAGUUCAAUUUGUUCACUGAGUCAUACGGUGGACACUACGGUCCUGAAUUCGCUCACUACAUUCAACAGCAGAAUGCUGGGAUCAAGACGGGCGCUGUUACUGGUGAGACUAUUAACAUCGGAUCUCUCGGCAUCAAUAAUGGCUGGUUCGACUCCACGAUCCAAGAGAAGGCUUACAUCACCUAUGCCUUGCAAAACCCCUACCGUCCCUUGAUUAAUGCCUCUGCCGGGGCCAAGUACUACAAGGACUACCAGGAGUACUGCGUUCCAGCCAUCCAAAAAUGCACAACUCUGGGGACAAACGCUGCGUGCAUCAAGGCUGGCAACAUCUGUGGUGACCUGAUCGACGACCCGAUCAUGGAAAGUGGCGAUUGGGAUGUCUACGAUGUGCGUGAGCCUUCGAAUGACCCGUAUCCUCCCGAGACCUACUAUUAUUACCUGAACGAUGCGGCCGUGCAGCGCGCGAUCGGAGCCCGUCAGAACUACUCCGAAUGUCCUGAUGCUCCGUAUUACAAGUUUUCUGCCACCGGUGAUGGCACGCGAUCUUUCCUCGCCACCCUCUCCGACGUGGUGCAGACUGGCAUCAAUGUUCUGCUCUGGGCCGGUGAUGCGGACUGGAUCUGUAACUGGAUCGGCGGAUUCGGUGUAGCCAACGCGGUAGAGUUUGCCGGCCAGACGGCUUUCCAGAACAAGACUCUCCAGCCAUACAAGGUGAAUGGGACGGAGAAAGGCACUUUCAAGACAGUCGGAAACUUUACCUUCCUCCGCGUGUAUGAGGCUGGUCACGAGGUCCCCUAUUACCGUAAGUCAUCACCAGCCCUUCUGAGGGAGCUUCGACCAGAGACCGCCCUUCAGGUGUUUUCCCAAGUCAUCAAGAAGGUGCCCCUUUUUUCCACUUGA